AGAUGAAUAAACGGCCGUGUCGAUCAUACAGAAGCAUCCGUUUCGCUAUUUUGUUUUGAAUUUAAAAGUGUUAGAAACCUAGACGCACGAUCAACAAAGUAUACGAACUACGAUGGGAACAAGUACUAGCAGUACUACGUGACUACGUGUCACGAUGUAGUUCGACACUAAUGAUAGACGUACUAGUAGGGAUACUAGUCGCAACCUGUCAGGGGUGAUUUGGGAUUACUAUAUUUAUAUAUGGAAGAAAACGGCGCUAGAGAGGGUACAGAAGAGGUCUGUUAGAGGUUCGGGAGAGGUAGAAUAGAGGGUCGGAGAGGUAAAAUAGAGGGUCGGACAAAAUGAGAGGGUCGGGGAGAGGUAAAACGAGAGGUAAGGGAGAGGGUCGGGAGAGGGUGAGCCGUAUAUACGCCCCUAAAGCGGGGCUAUACGCGCGCAGAGGUAGGGCAGAGGUUGAGGAGAGGUCAAGUAGAGGGUAGGGGGAGAGGGUGUAGAGGGUCGGAGAGGGUGCGUAGUAUAGGGCGACCCUCUACGCGACCCUCUACCGCGAUCCUCUCCGGAAACCUCUACUUUACCUCUCGGCGGACCCUCUCGGGACCUCUCCGACCCUCUCCCGGAUCCUCUCGGGGACCCUCUCCGAACCUCUCCCGGACCCUCUCCGAACCUCUCCGGGACCCUCUCCCGGACCCUCUCCGUGACCCUCUCCCGGACCCUCUCGCGGACCCCCUCGCGGACCACCUCCAGGAGCACAGCCUGCCCACCUGUCUGCGCGUGGCGCCUCCUCAAGAAGCUCGCUAGGGCGCAGCGACCGGCUGGCAUUGCUUUUGCUUUCAGAUCAGAGCGGCCGUUCAAAGUGCGUGCGCCGCUCUGCGUCCCCCAGAGGGGGCGCGGCGCCCCGCCUUAACCUGGUCGGCCACCUAGGGUGGCCGCAACUUCUUUCCCACAGCGCCCGCGCGCGCUGGCAGCAGGUGCGUCGCCCUUGUUGCGUCUCGCACGAUGGCGCCCGGAAAUAGUUUCCUGCACGCAUUUUCCUACGGCGCGCAGGCAGCGAGCUACUAAGGCCGGGCAUGCGGCAGCAGGUGGAAGUGUAGGACGCGCCCCCGCGCCGUCUAUUAGUAAUACAGCGCGCCGCCCAGAUGAAUAAACGGCCGUGUCGAUCAUACAGAAGCAUCCGUUUCGCUAUUUUGUUUUGAAUUGAAAAGACAACUACAACAACUAGUAGACCAAGUCUCGAAAUUGUAA